AUCUCGUCUUCCCCUCGCUGGUUCUGGGGCCGACUGGAAGCGGAGGGAGGCCGGAGGACCGAGGACAGGAUGGAGGAGGAGAGGAAGCAGUUCCUUUGCGGGGUGGUGGAAGGUUUCUAUGGGAGGCCUUGGUCUAUGGACCAGAGGAAAGUUCUCUUCCAGUGGAUGCAGCGCUGGGGGUUGAACACCUACCUGUACGGGCCGAAAGACGACCUGAAGCAUAGACUGUUGUGGAGAGAAGUCUAUUCCCCUGAGGAGGAAGGUCAGUUGCGCACUCUCAUAAUCGAGGCCCAGUCGAGAGGCUUGAGGUUCGUUUACGCCCUCUCUCCUGGUCAGGACAUCGUCUUCUCGUCUUCCUGUGACAUGACGCUACUCAAACGCAAGCUGAGACAGGUUUCAGACCUGGGUUGCCAGGCGUUUGCCAUUCUGUUUGAUGACAUCGAUCACUCCAUGUGUCAGGCCGACAGCGAGGCCUUCGCUUCAUUCGCCCAUGCUCAGGUCACCGUAACCAAUGAGAUGUACCGGUUCUUGGGGGAACCACCUGUCUUCCUAUUCUGCCCUACAGAGUACUGCGGUUCUCUGUGCUCUCCCAGUGUAUCCAAGUCUCCCUACCUGCAAACUGUUGGAGAGGACCUGCUGCCCAACAUUACAGUCAUAUGGACAGGGAGCAAGGUGAUUUCCAGGAAGCUGUCUGUGGACUGCCUGGCAGAGGUGGAGUCUGUCCUCCAGCGUCCUCCGCUCAUCUGGGACAACCUGCAUGCCAACGACUACGACUCCAGGCGUCUCUUCUUGGGGCCGUUCAAGGGUCGAGAGCCUCAGCUGAGGAGCCACCUGAGGGGCCUCCUGCUCAACCCCAACUGCGAGUUUGAAGCCAACUACAUCCCGCUGCACACGCUGGGAAGCUGGCACAGAACUGGGAAAGAGGAGAUGAAAGAUGAGGAGUGUGAGUACUGUCCUGAUAGAGCUCUCUCUGCUGCACUACACGACUGGAUGGAGGAGCUCAACCAACCUCUGCAAGCAGGCCGGCAGAGCUCGAGGACAGACCAGCGCUCCUCCGUCCCGACAUCUCGUUGCAAAACUCCCGACAGGUCCGACUGCCCUUCCACCUUCAGAGGAAGCUCCGCCGUGGCCAAACUCCCAGUCUUCCCUCUCAACUCCAGCUCCCCUCCCUCCUCACCCACCAAGGGGGAGAGGGAACCUCGAGAGGGGGAGAAAAGGAGGCCGAACCAGCCGAGCCAACCCAACCACCAGCCUCCAGGAUCCAGACCCGGGGCGCCUCCGGGCGGAGGCCGGGGACAGCGGGCCCAGGGUCGGGGGGUGUGUAGUGGGAAGGGCCUGCUGAGUGAGUCCCAGGUGCGGCUGCUGGUUGGUCUUCACUAUCUCCCCCACGAGCAUGGCCCGUCGGCCCAGAAACUGCUGCAGGAUCUGACUUGGCUGAAGAGCAACUGCCACGUGGUCGGCGUUAACAGCAAGAAGGCGCCGCCUCAGAAGGUUGAUGAGUGGCGUGGGCGAGCCUCCAGGUUCCUGUCUCUGUGUGAAGACAUAGCACAGCUCCACUGCAGCGUCGUGGGCGGGGCCAACAGGGCUGUACUCUAUGACCUUUACCCUUAUGUGUGGGACCUGAGGAACACAGCUCUGGUUGCAAAGGCCUUCAUAUGCUGGCUGGAUGGACGAGUGUUGAGUGACAGCUCCACCCUCGGCUCCUGGAGGAACUGCUUCCACUGGUGUGGGAAGACCACAGGAGCAGAUCUACUGGGAGUGGAGUCCGAGCCAUGGGUGUUCAAAGGAGGAGUGUCUGGGGAGGUGCAGAUGCUUCUCCCGAUAGGCAGCAGCAGUGAACUUUUCACCCAUCCUCCUCCUCUCUUCCCUACCUCUCGUCUCUACAACAUCAGGCCGUACCACAGUAAAGACAAGGUGGAGCUGUAUCGGAUGGUCCGCCAACUUCACCUGAGGACUCAGGGUGGCCAAGAGUCCAGUUCAGCACAUCCAGAUGUCAUAGGAGACAGAUGUCUUGGACCGUGCCUGGCGUUGUGCCCAGAGUACAGCUUUAUCUUGGAGGAUGAGCUCGGUGUUUGCGGCUGUGUGUUAGGCAUCUUGGAUGUUCGCUCCUUUGCCAAGCGGUGCCAGGCCAGCUGGAUACCCGCCAUGAGGGACAAAUACCCACCCAAAGGGAGCACACACCCCAACACACAGGACUUGAUCCAGUUAAUGGAGGAGGACCAGGGUGAGUACCCAGACUCGCUCCUGUAUCACUUCCCCUCUCAGCUGAGACUGGACGCCCUUCCCGAGCUGGUGGACAUCAGCGUCAGCCGCACUCUGCUCACCGCCCUCCUCACUGCACUCAAGGCCAACGGUUCUCAGGGUGUGUUCUGUGAGGUGCAGCCUACAGACCGUCAGAGGCUGGAGUUCCUGACCAAACUGGGCUUCUUAGAGAUCCUCAGAGGAGAAGCCAGGAGCAGAGAGGGGGUGGUGCUGGGGAGGCUGCUCUGA